GCGAUCAGUGAUUUUGCCGGCUUAUUGUGAUACUAUAAGCUGAAAUACUUAAGAAAAUUUCGAGCAGUUAAUGUGGGCAAAAAUCAAGAAAAUUGGUGCUUUCUUUUCUGCUCAAUAACAUCAACAUAUACGUCAGUGUGAACAGGUCUUAUUUUUAUCAAUGACAAAAUGACAAGAUUGCACCUCUCAAAUUUCUUCUACGUGUUUCAGAGUGUGUGUGUGUGAUAGUGUGUUGGUGAUUAUUUGAUCAUGAAGAGGUAUCCCUUAUCACUGAUCGAUAGUAUUGAAAUUGAUAGCGUUUUGUUUGAAUUUGCUGUGUAAAUCCAAUUCACGAUGGACAGUCAUCGUUUCGAUGUCAGGAACAAAGUUUUAGAGGACUUAAAUUUCAACGUGAUUGAUUCAGAUUUGCAAUUUAUUGAUUUAGGAUACGGCGAUGGUGUUCCCGUUUAUCAAAAUCGGAUAUCGAGCGUCAAUCCUCUAGAGGCAACAACAACCUAUGUCGCUGAUAUAGAUGCGAAUGACAAGAAUGCUGGGUAUAUUCAUCACACCAUUAAGCACGAUGAAAUUACUGUGCACAUACGGCCAGGAUUCAACACAUCAAUGCCAGAACAUCCUUCGCAUGCCACCAUCACGAUUGAAACUAUGGAUCCCCAAACCAAGGAACGGGAGAUUAAGCGUUUUCGCUGUGAGUAUGAUGGCUGUCCAAGAUCGUAUAGCACUGUCGGCAACCUUCGAACGCAUAUGAAAACCCAUAAAGGUGAGUACAGAUUCAAAUGUACCGAGUCAUCUUGUGGUAAGGCAUUCUUAACCUCCUACAGCUUGAAGGUCCACAUUCGAGUUCAUACCAAGGAUAAACCAUUUGGAUGUGAACAUGACGGCUGUGAGAGAUCUUUCAACACUCUCUACAGGCUCAGGGCUCAUCAAAGAAUUCAUAACGGUGAAACCUUCAAUUGCACCCUGAAUGGCUGCGACAAACAUUUUACGACAUUUUGUGAUCUCAAAAAACAUUUACGGGUGCACACACAGGAAAGACCUUACAGGUGUGUUGAAGAAGGUUGUGGAAAAUCAUUUACUGCUAGUCAUCAUUUAAAAACUCAUAAAUUUACUCAUGUCUCUGAUAAACCGUACACUUGUGCAGUCGACAGCUGUCAGCGUUCCUAUCGAUCAAAAUACAGCCUAGAAAACCAUCUAAAGAAGAGUCAUAAAACUGAUGAAAAAGAUGAAAAUUCAGGAAAUAUUCCGGCCAUCAUAGAUACAAGCAAGAAAAGCAGCACAACAUCGUUAGCUCCUAACUCUGCCAAUAAUCCAAAGGACUUGCAACCAUCAGAAGGAAACAAUUCGGAUUCAAAGAGUAUUGAAGUUCAGAAUGUUAAUGAAAUUAGUCAUCACGCUCUGCAGACAUCAACAGUUCAAGAUGUAAAGCAGAAAGAGAGUGAAAGUACAGACUUUUCUUUCUUCUCGGCUCUUGCGAACACAUUUUCCGAAAACAUCAACAGUCAUUUUUCAGUGUCAAACAAAGAUGAAGCUAAAACCGAAAUCAGUGGAGGAAUGUUCCCUCCCGCACCUCAAAACACAGUUUAUGUCAACUGCAGCUUCAACCCAUCCAGCUCCUCAUCAGUUCCUCCGGCCAACUUUGACUUCACAGCCGACCCUCUGAAAACCGACAACAGUAUUCAAAGUUUCAGUGCUAUGUUGAGCGAUGUCAGGGAGACUCUCAGCGGCAAUUCCGGAAGUUUCGGAGUACCAAAAAUUGUGGAGUCGUUCGCUCCUGUCAGUUUACCACAGAAUUCUUGGGUGGACGUAGCUCCAUUACCAAACAUCGUAAUUAACCCUGAAGUUGUAGAUGUAGACUGGAAGUUACCCUCACCAGAGCCAAAAACCUUGUCAACUGACAACAAACUCACGCUAAAGAAAAUCACUGCAGACGCGAAUAUCUGCAAAUGUGAGCCGUGUCUCUGUAAUGCUCUUCACAAUAACUGCCAAGACUGCGAUGAGACAACUAAUUUGGGGAAUCCUAGCCAAAACAUUACCAAUUUCAACUUUGAGAGCGACAAUAACAAUAAUAACAUCAAUUCGGCCCCAGCAGAUAGCUUCUUGACCGUUACUAACUCGUACCUGGUUCUCGAUAACACAUCGAGUGAGGAACCAGCAAAUACCUUCGGGGAUUUUACACCAACUGCAAGUAACUUGACCCUUGGGGACUCUACCUUCCCUUUGCCUGAAAGUGGUGAAAAAAUACUUCCCAACUUGGAAAAACACUCUGAUUUGGGGUGUGCUGCACCCUCCACUUCAGGAUUCACCGCCCUAGGGGCAGAAGAAGUGAUAUCCUCUUUGAUGCCGGAAAAAGUUACGCCAGCCUACACCAGAGAUGUUCUUGAGAUUUUCCUACCAGAAACCUCAGGCAUGACAGCAGCAGCACAAAACAGCUCUCAAGACCAGAGUUCAUUUAUAGAUACGUUUAGUUUAAGUGAAUGCAGUUUGUUUUCUAGUGAUCCUAUCAGCGAGUCUUCGUGUGCGAUGUGUUGUAAUUUGUUGAACGAAUCAGAGUUUUAAUAAAGGUGCAACUUAUCUAAGUCAAAA